AUGCUAUCUGUCGCACUGCUUCCCUACAGUCUUGAAACAGUCUUAGUCAUGGCUUUAUUCUAUAACUUACUGUGUCUAUCCCAAUUAAGGUACUACAUGCAUGGAGCCUGCAGAGAAGGAGAGAAUUGUCAGUAUUCACAUGAUUUAAAAGAUAAACCUUCCAUGGUAGGUUCUUAGAACUGCAGCGUGGGUUUUAGUAUAUGCAGACAUGGGUACAAUUUUUUUUAAAAUUAUGGUCAACUACGCCGUAACAAUAAUGGUAUAUUGUUAGAGAGGCCUCGGCUAAGAACGAAGAAGUCUUUGGGAGAUCGCGCGUUAUCAAUGGCUGCCCCCUUUUUAUGGAACAGUCUUCCUCUGCCAAUAAGACAGGAAACAUCAAUCGACUCUUUUAAACGCUCUGUUAAAACAUAUCUAUUUAAGAAGGCUUUUAGUUAGAUUAUUUAUUUAUUUAUUUAUUUUUAAAUAUUGUAAUUUUACCGGGUAAUUUUACUGGUUUUUAAUUUUGUUAUUAAUAAUAUUGUAAUGCGCUUUUGAGUAUUUUUAUAGAAAAAGCGCAAUAUAAGUAUUAAAUAUUAAUAUUAUUAUUAUUGUCAUGAUCCUAUCAGUAUAUAGAACGUGACAUGAUGAAUUCCAAGACCUUGGUAUAACAAACAAUAUCUUUCACUCCACUUACUGUAAAUUGAUAGGGCAGAACUCUUAUGAAAUACUCUAGUUUUAAUAAGCCCAGGUGCCUAGAUCCUUGGCUCUAUAGGGAUUCCCUGUUUUUUGCUCUGAUUUCUCUGAUUUCUCCAAAUUCCCAGGUAAAAGGUGAUUAUUAACUUGUAUUUUUGCCCAAACUUUAGGUCUGUAAGUAUUACCUUCAAGGAGCCUGUUCUUAUGGAAGCAGUUGCCGUUUUGAUCAUGUGAAGCCACCAUCUGCAAGGUUUCUAUGUAAUUUCUAUUAUUUCUAAGUGCAAAAUUGCCAUGGACAGACAUUUGGUUUAUUGACACUUCAUGUUAUUGUCUAUCCCAUGUGACAAAUAAUAUACUUAGGUUUGCCAAUGCUGGCAGGGUAACUGCAACAGUGUAUGGUGCCAAUUACUGCGGGCCUGUAACAGUAGUCCCUUCCCCCACCUCAACAAGGACUACAUCCUCCAUUCUUUACAAACAGUGUGUGCUGUUCUUUAAUGUCCCAUGCAUCUGCAAGGGUUGUGAGACAGGGACUACAGUUUGUCGUCCUUAUCUGAGAAGACUGGAAAGUCUAAUCAUUUGCAAAUGCACUUUCAGCAACCAGCAGCCUUUUUCUCGGUAGACCGGCGCUUUUCCAGACUGAGCUAACCUUGCGGUGUUUGGCAACUUAAGAUGUGAUCUGUGCAUUCUGUUCUGCAGUUUGUACAUUGUAUUUCUUAGUAGAUUUGAAAAAUCGUGUGGCUCAGCUAUGCCGACCUUCCAUUUCUAAAAAUCUGCUCUCUUUUUAUCAAAACAUUAUGCUUUAUCUUGUCACAGAAUCUCUCUUCCUCCUUCCCUUAGCAAAUUAAUAAAGCUUCAAAUUUUGUGGAUCCAAACUGCAUGUAACAAUAUUACUUACUUUAAGGUGGCUGAACACAGUUUUGACAUUUUGCGAGUAUAUGUCAUUUGCCAAAUCAUGGCAAGAGAAAGGUUGCAGCUCACAAGCUGAAACUUCAAUGGCAAGUGAAAAAUAUACUGAUUGAAGAUUUUGAUUGACAAGUAAAAUUUGACGUUUUCGUAGUUUCCAUGGCAACAUGAACGAUUGAAUACAACCUUAAAAUUUCACUUUUGCUCAGUUUACAUAAAAUUCACUCAUUAGAUUUUCCUAUAAACUUGCACACAGGUUACUAUAAUAUUAUUAAUCAUUACCAUUUGAAACUUAUUUGACCAAUUUUGAACAGACGGGUUUUUAGACAAUCAAUAAUAUUAUUGUACUGUAAUUAUUAUUAGUAAAUGUGUCACAAAAUUUGUCUGUUCAACUUCCAUUUUGAAGCUCUCAUUAUUUGAAUCACGAUAAAAGUAAAAAUUCUGCCAAACAUCACAAAACUUUAAUGAGUAGAAUUUGAGAAAUCUUCUUCUGUGUACCAUUGCUUUUUCCCUUCCAUGUUUGUUUGUCUAAUUUAAAACACACGCUAUCACGUGAGUUACCGCUGACCGCCCGAAAAACUGUGUUCACCCACCUUAAACAACCAUUGGAUGAGGUUUUUGUGAUAUCUGGAAUAAUCAAGGUUUACAUAGGUGUUAUCAGCCUUGGCCUUUGGCUCGGCUGAUAACACUUACCAAGACCUUGAUUAUUUAGGAUAUCACAAACCUCAAUCUAAUAAUUGUUUUAUUAUAUAUUGUUUUGGAGAAAAUAACGACAAACACACCGUCGCAAGGAACCUGAGUUGAUAUUGCUAUUGGAAUUCAUGCAUUGUGCCUGUGAUGUACAGAUUAGUCAGUUAUCUGUAGGUUGUGCUGAUGAGUGCAAUGUAUAAUAAUACUUAUUAGCAACACCAACAAUGUUUUCCUUUGCUAAUGUAUCACCAUUUGAGCAGACACACAGACAUAGAGCUACAUAUACUAGUUUCUCUUUGUUGGAGGGACUAUGUUACUACAAUGUCUUCUAUUUGUACAGGACAAAGAGUGCUUCUGGCCCUAAACCAGUACCUUUAUUACCACGAAACAGAGAAGAAAAUAAAGAGAACCAUACGGUACUAAAAAUGACUAUAUAUAGACUAAUCUUCUAGUCAUACAAUAUACAAGCAGUAUAGCGUGGUCACAUGUCACAGAAUAUUUCUUUUAAAGCUUUGGGGGUCAGGCUAUUGUUUAUUAUUAUUGGGAAAAGUCUCAAUUGAAAAUGCAAUAAUUGCAUUGCAAAUGGCACCAUGUUAACAAUUCCAACCUUGAUGUUCAGUUUCAAUAAGAUGUAUUAAGUCACUGCAUGGGUAUUUCCAAAGAAAUUGUAUGACAAAGCAUUGCAUGACCAAAGCAUUGCAUGACCAGUUUUAAUUUUGUAAGUAUAUCAUCUUGUUCUAACCUCCUCCACCAUGCAAGGUCCUCCUUGUUUGUUAUGUGUAGAUGGUCAUAGAUGAUUGAGGAGAGGGCAGACCUUUUGCCUGAAAUUGUGUGAACUUUAAAGAAUUUUUAGUAACAGGGCUGUCAUUAAGGGCCGUGGGCUGGCAAUUUUCCCCAGCUACUAUAAACAUGACCCCCGCCUACUUUUCUAGGGAAAUAGAAGAAAAAUAGAAGCAAACAAAAUCCCUGUUCUUGGAUUCCCUGUCUACUUGUAUCAUUAGCCUGGCAACUUGAAAUUUUAAUGACAUCCCUGAGUAAAACCUGUCCUCUAGAGUCUUUAAUUUUUUGGAUGCAGAUGCUAUCAGAGUUCUUUAGCCUAUAAAUUAAUAAAAAGUAUCUUUCAUAAAGCUGGUAAGUCUCCUGUCUCUACUUCUUCAAAAGGUGGAUAACUGUAUCCUAUCCAGUGGAUGGUGCAAUCAUUUUUCCUAAUACUUAUCCACUGGAUAGUGAUUUCUCUGGUGAAUAGCUCUAUCUAAUGUUUGAACAACUAGGNUGUAUCAUUAGCCUGGCAACUUGAAAUUUUAAUGACAUCCCUGAGUAAAACCUGUCCUCUAGAGUCUUUAAUUUUUUGGAUGCAGAUGCUAUCAGAGUUCUUUAGCCUAUAAAUUAAUAAAAAGUAUCUUUCAUAAAGCUGGUAAGUCUCCUGUCUCUACUUCUUCAAAAGGUGGAUAACUGUAUCCUAUCCAGUGGAUGGUGCAAUCAUUUUUCCUAAUACUUAUCCACUGGAUAGUGAUUUCUCUGGUGAAUAGCUCUAUCUAAUGUUUGAACAACUAGGGCCAGGCCUGUCUUUCUGAAUUUUUUUUCUGGGUGAUCUGUCUUUGUUAAGCGCCCUUUUACUAUUCCAUUGCAGAUGGUUACCCUUACAAAGAACAAGCAAAAACGUCCUAAAAACUGGGCAGAUGCUCCUGCAUUUGUUCCGGUAAGCAAUUUUAGGUGUUACAGCAGCCUUUUUCCUCAAUACCUCUACUCUUUUGUUUGAGAAUGAUCAUCUAUUUAACCAGAUUAUUUUGAAAUUCGUCAUAAAUUUUUUUUCUCUAGGGUCAAACCUACCAAGGAAUUAGUUCCUCUGAUAAAGAGACUGACACUUCAAAACCAGUAAGUUUAAAUAUACCAGUUAAACUUCAAGUUGAAAUGUACAUUGUCUGUUGUAUCUAGGGAUGCUUAGCUGGUCAACACACCCACAUAAAUGCCACUAAAUAAACAUGUUGUCAUUCUUUACUGUAAAUUACAUACCACAUUGAUUAGGUUUUUCUUCCUGGAUUUAUGGCCCAAGGACAAAGUGUGCACUAGCUACAAUGUAUGGCUGGGGAAACCAUUACCAGUAGUUUGAUCACUGGUCACAAUAUUUAAAAAAAAAAUGUCAGUUGAAUAACUUUGAUGCAUGAUUUCAAACUUUGUCAAGAAAAUUAAUUUUAAAUGAUGUUAGGGUGUAGAGGGUGCGGGGAUGGCAGUUGGCCCCACGUUAAAUGGAGUGAGUAUACAAUGGAUUAACCCCAUUAAUACAACCAGUAUUGGUCGGAAGAAUUCUUACAAAACUGUGAUAUUCCUGGCAUAAAAUCCCAGUCAUAUUAACAAGAUUGUCAAGAAAAGAAUGACAGUUUUUAUUAAGUCUGGGCCAGAAUAACACUGUUAGCAGUAAGUAGCUCCUCUUUCAUCAUGUAGGUUUCCAGUCCCUUGUCAUAUUCUGCAGCUGCACAGAGUGGUGUAGAGUUUGUAGAUGAACUUACUGAUGAACAGGCUGCUCAAAUGGUGAGUGUGAUGUUUAUUUAAGUUAGAUUUGUGGCAUAAUAAGUCCUUUUUAUGUGGCCACUGUCUGCAUGUAUUUAAGGGCCAGUUAAUGAAGAGAGUUCUAGCAGCCACAUAUUCAGUAAAUCACUGAAAACAGAAUCUCUGUUAAUUAUGUGGCCAACCUCAGCAACCAGUUGUCCCUUCCCUGGGUAUGGUCACUUGAUAAAGGUUUGACUCUAUUUUUUUAUAAAAGCAUAAUAACAUUAUUUAAAAUAACAGAUCAUUCCCGCAUUCCUGUCAACAAAGGCUCCAAUUUGAGGAUUGGGUCCAGCGGACAAAAUACGGUGAUUUGUAUGAAAUCGUCCACCCGAGCCUCAACCUCAUUUCUUUAUGUUUACUCACGGUAGCGAAAUAUGGGAAAGGUCCAUAUUCUUCAUGGUGUGGUUAUAUUGAAUAUCCUCAUCAAGUGCAAGGCUGGAACACUGGGCUUCGCCAGCUGGUAACCUUUGAUAAUUUGCACUCAGAAACUGUAAUUAAUAUAUUUUAACCAAAAAGCAUUCUCAUGCUAAAAAAAUUGCGUGCUUUAUUUUGCUAAAGCAAAAGUUACUUAACUAGGCCAAAAAUGAUGAUCUCCUCUCUGCUCUUGUCAGCUCUGUCCAUUUGCCGCAGCGGUAGGAGUUUGCCCUUUGGAAGAAAGGUAACAAAAGAGAUUUAUUUUGCUACUCAUUUACAUUAACAACAAGUAUCUCGAUCAUAAGUAAUGGGGCGGUUUAAAUAUCCAGUAAGAUGACAGAGGAAGAAUGUUGCCGGUAAAUCGUGCGUUUAGUGUGGUAUUGUUUAUUCCCAAAACUUCGCAGUCUCUUGCAUGGGCUCCAGUAGCAAGGAGUUGAAAUAUGGAUUGUACUAGUCGGAUCCAAAAAGUUUCUUUCAAAGGCGUUUUACACUAAAAAACUAGCUAAUUAUAUUAUGCCUAGGGAUGGAGAAAUUCUAAGGCGGUAAGGCCUUUCCUCGACUGAAAUUUCUGUACCCCAAGUGUCAAGUAUCAUGGUAAAGGUUAUGCUUUGACUCAUAAAUUAAAUUGAAUACUGUUUUUUAAAAUAUUUUUGUUUCUUACUUAUUUUUUUGCUGAAAUGUUAUUUGUAUUAGUACUGUCUGCAUAAUAGGAAUUAUAGUUCUCGGUGAUCUUUUUGCUUAAAAUAAGUAGCAUACAAUUGCACCCAUAGCCAGUAAUCAUAUUGAGCUUGGGAAUUAUUUAUCAAGGCAUUGAAAUGGACAACCUGUGCCUUCUAUCAGUAGUUUUAAUUUUGAAAAUGUAGCACAAAAAAGUCGGCUGCUUCCCAAGUAGUUCUACUAGUAGUGGCCUUACCAGCAGGUAGUUAUUUGGUGUGCUUAGUUUGUGGUUGAAAUAUAGUGGCGCGAUGUAUCAUUAGCCUGGCAACUUGAAAUUUUAAUGACAUCCCUGAGUAAAACCUGUCCUCUAGAGUCUUUAAUUUUUUGGAUGCAGAUGCUAUCAGAGUUCUUUAGCCUAUAAAUUAAUAAAAAGUAUCUUUAAUAAAGCUGGUAAGUCUCCUGUCUCUACUUGUUCAAAAGGUGGAUAACUGUAUCCUAUCCAGUAGAUAGUGCAAUCAUUUUUCCUAAUACUUAUCCACUGGAUAGUGAUUUCUCUGGAGAGUAGCUCUAUCUAAUGUUUGAACAACUGGGGCCAGGCCUGUCUUUCGGAAUUUUUUUUCUGGGUGAUCCAUCUUUGUUAAGAGCCCUUUUACUAUUCCAUUGCAGAUGGUUACCCUUACAAAGAACAAGCAAAAACGUCCUAAAAACUGGGCAGAUGCACCUGCAUUUGUUCCGGUAAGCUAUUUUAGGUGUUACAGCAGCCUUUUUCUUCAAUACCUCUACUCUUUUGUUUGAGAAUGAUCAUCUAUUUAACCAGAUUAUUUUGAAAUUUCGUCAUAAAUUCUUUGUCUCUAGGGUCAAACCUAUCAAGGAAUUAGUUCCUCUGAUAAAGAGACUGACACUUCAAAACCAGUAAGUUUAAAUGUACCAGUUAAACUUCAAGUUAAAAUGUACAUUGUCUGUUGUAUCUAGGGAUGUUUAGCUGGUCAACACACUCACAUAAAUACCACUAAAUAAACAUGUUGUCAUUCUGUACUGAAAAUUACAUACCAAGUUGAUUAGGUUUUUCUUCCUGGAUUUAUGGCCCAAGGACAAAGUGUGCACUAGCCACAAUGUAAGGCUGGGGAAACCAUUACCAGUAGUUCGAUCACUGGUCACAAUAUUUUAAAAAAAUAUGUCAAUUGAAUAACUUUGAUGCAUGAUUUCAAACUUUGUCAAGAAAAUUAAUUUUAAAUGAUGUUAGGGUGUCGAGGGUGCGGGGAUGGCAAUAUUUAUUGGCCCCACGUUAAAUGGAGUGAGUAUACAAUGGAUUAACCCCAUUAAUACAACCAGUAUUGGUCAGAAGAAUUCUUACAAAACUGUGAUUCCUGGCAUAAAAUCCCAGUCAUAUUAACAAGAUUGUCAGGAAAAGAAUGACAGUUUUUAUUAAGUCUGGGCCAGAAUAAUACAGUCACUGUUAGCAGUAAGUAGUUCCUCUUUUAUCAUGUAGGUUUCCAGUCCCUUGUCAUAUUCUGCAGCUGCACAGAGUGGUGUAGAGUUUGUAGAUGAACUUACUGACGAACAGGCUGCUCAAAUGGUGAGUGUGAUGUUUAUUCAAGUUAGAUUUGUGGCAUAAUAAGUCCUUUUUAUGUGGCCACUGUCUGCAUGUAUUUAAGGACCAGUUAAUGAAGAGAGUUCUAGCAGACACAUAUUCAGUAAAUCACUGAAAACAGAAUCUCAGUUAAUUAAGUGGCUAACCUCAGUAACCCGUUGUCCCUUCCCUGGGUAUGGUCACUUGGUAAGGGUUUGACUCUAUUUUUUUCAUAAAAGCAUAAUAACAUAAUUUAAAAUAACAGACCUUUCCCGCAUUCCCAUCAACAAAGGCACCAACUCAAGGCUUGGGUCCAGCAGACAAAUAGGGUCAUUUGUAUGAAAUUGUCCACCCAAGCCUCAACCUCAUUUCUAUAUGUUUGCUGAUGGUAGCGGAGUACGGGAAAGGUCUAUAUUCUUCAUGGUGUGGUUAUACACCUAUUUCAAUAAAGGUUGCUUUGGGAUUUGGUCAUUGAAAUGCAGAACACAAAUUAUACAAUACAAUGCAAUGCUUUGCUUGAGUGACCACCAAACAAUGGCUUUCAAAGACCUAAGCACGAUUCCCAAAGCAACCUUUAUUGAAAUAGGUGUAUAUUGAAUAUCCUCAUCAAGUGUAAGGCUGGAAGACUGGGCUUCACCAACGGGUAACCUUGAUAAUUUGCACUCAGAAACUGUAAAUUUUAACCAAAAAGCAUUCUCAUGCUAAAAUAAUUGCAUGCUAUAUUUUGCUAAAGCAAAAGUUACUUAACUAGGCUGAAACUGAUGAUCUCCUCUCUGCACUUGUCAGCUCUGUCCAUUUGCCGCAGCAGUAGGAGUUUGCCCUUUGGAAGAAAGGUAACAUAAGAGAUUUAUUUUGCUACUAAUUAACAACAAGUAUCCCAAUCAUAAGUAAUGGGGCAGUUUAAAAUUAAUUUCUAGUAAGAUGACAGAGGAAGAAUGUUACCGGUAAAUCGCUUGUUUAGUGUGGUAUUGUUUAUACCCAAAACUUCGUAGUCUCUAGCAGGGGCUCCAGUAGCAAGGAGUUGAAAUGUGGAUUGUACUAGUCGGGUCCAAAAAGUUUCUUUCAAAGGCGUUUUACACUAAAAUACUAGCUAACUAUAUUAUGCCUAGGGAUGGAGAAAUUCUAAGAUGGUAAGGCCUUUCCUCGACUGAAAUUUCUGUAGCCUAAGUGUUAAGUAUCAUGGUAAAGUUUAUGCCUUGACUCAUAAAUUAAACUGAAUACUGUUUUUUAAAAUAUUUUUGUUUCUUACUUAUUUUAUUGCUGAAAUGUUAUUUGUAUUAGUACUGUCUGCAUAAUAGGAAUUAUAGUUCUCGGUAAUCUUUUUGCUUAAAAUUCUACUAGUAGUGGCCUUACCAGCAGGUAGUUAUUUGGUGUGCUUAGUUUGUGGUUGAAAUAUAGUGGCGCGAAAGCUCUGAUGUCAAAGAUGUGGGACUAAGGUGGCAAUAGGAUUUUCUAAACAAUUAUCCAUGGGUUCCCCAUGGGUUUACUUUGAUUAGUAAUUAUAGUUAUUCAGUCAAAUCUUUAGCCAGCUAGUUUUUAAGAGAGCUGAAAUUGCCUUUUUUGUGCAUUGUGAUCUUUUAAUAGUUGCAGUUAUUUACAUGGUUUAGAAUGCGAAUAUUGUGGUAACAGAUGCCUUCACCCAUAUGACACAACACAGCAACAAGGUUAGGGUCUUCCUUAUCACCCUAUUUACUUCACUCUUUAAGGUGAUUUCUUUAAUUCUCAUCAGGGUUUGGUUACUGAAUGCUCAGAUAUUAUAUACACAAAAUUUGAGUUGGAAUGAUACUAAUUGCAUUUUACGUUGUAAAUUUUGUUUUGUAGAACAUCAUCAGUUUUGUGUUGAGAGCCAUGAAAAAGACAUGGAACACUCCUUUGCGGUCCAAAGGUAAAAAUUACUUUAUGUGUUUGUAAGUAAUAUUGUUAACGCCUUUGGUUUUUAUUGGAGUUAACCGUAUCUGAUUCUUACACCUAGCCAAUGAAGUCUAAAAAAAGCUGAUUUUUGCUAGACAGGGUCAUUAACUUAUCUCAGUUCAUAUGCACGUUCUAUUUUCAAAACGCAACGUCUCGAAAAUCCGCAGAAUCAUCCUUUCUUCACACAGAAUGGUAUUAGAAUGUGAUGAUUUACUGAACAGAUAUAAUUAAUUUAUUUUUAAUUACCAAUUAAAGUGUAAAUGUUGCUUAUCUGUUAAGCCCGGGUCAAAACCAUUCUUCAGAUGAGUAUAAUUUUUUUAUCAUAGAUGAAAGAAAUAGUGGAUACCUAAAAACUGCUUUAAAAAUUGUUGCGAUUGUUUUCUUUUAAAAUAAGCACCUCCUAAAUACAUUUAAGUAAAAAUAAAAUUAAAAAUAAAUUUUGUAAUCAGUUGAAACCGCAAUUUAAAAGUUUUUUUUUUCAUAGAGUCAAGCCACUGUACAUGCUUAGCAUUCGCAAUUCAACUCAGUUAGCCCUUUGAUUUAACUUGUUAUGUGAAUUAUUUUCUUUUUUGCUUUGUUGCAGGAGCGAGGGUGUGGCUUGUGGAAUCUGUUUAGAGGUAGUGCGGUCAAAAGAAAUCCCUAGCGAACAGAGAUUUGGAAUUCUAAGUAAGUAGUUUUGUGGUAUUGUACUGCGGUUGUUUUGAUUUAAAGUAGAGGGAUUAAAUACGAGAGAAGCGAGUCAUGUAUGGUGUUGUGGAAGGGAAGUAUCCUCUUCUAUAAAUCUUGGCACGCUUCAACGAAUGGAGUCGACUCUGCUGAAUAUAAUGGUUUUACGUUUUUAUAUUGAAAGUAAUUUCCUUUGCAGAAAAAUGUCCGCGAAAACCUGAAACUUGUAUCAAAAGAAGAAUCACUGGAACAUUAAUUCUUGUUAGGAGUACUAUCCCAACGAAAAAAGAAUCAAAACAACAAAAAAAGCGGGACUAUCUCUUCUGAAUUUGUUGGUUACUAGCUAAACUAAAUAAUGUUGCUGCAGAAACGUUGUUUCUUCUUAUGUGACUAAACCAACAAACAUUUCAUCGGAUGCAAAAUUUGCGUCCGGGAAGUGUGAAUUAAGUAAUUACUGUUUCGCCCUGGAAUCGCAACAUUCGAUUUUCGCGAAGUAAAAGUUGGAAAUAUUUGCUUCUGCAACAAUGUAAUGUUGCAAGAUCAGUGUUUCCUGGUUCACCCAUUUCCUGGGAGUUAAGAAAUCUGACUAAAGGUAAUUAUUCUUUUGUUUUAGCUGACUGUAACCAUGCUUUCUGUUUGUCGUGUAUUCGUCGCUGGAGAAACACAUCUCUAUCAACAAACAAGGUUGUCAGGUAAUGAUACUUAGAUGAAUCCUAGCAGCUCAGUUGAAAAACAGCGGGGAACUCCCUCGUAGAUCCCACCCUCUUGACCGUAAAAAGAUGGUGCCGAUUGUCCACUCUUUUCAGACUUGUAGAAACUAAGUAUUCGACACACUAGCCUGCCUCGCGAAAUGUCCUCAGCGGCGAAGGGCGAGGAGAAACAGCUGUUUUCGCAGAGACACACGCGAUACGUGUUAAUGAUCACAAUUAAAAAUUAAAAGGUGCAGUUUUCGUUGCGGAAUGAACUCUGACUUCUAACCUUUGAAGAGGGUCCUUGUAAGACGUCCUUGGAACAAUCCAAGCUCAAGCUUUUAAUUGAUGUGUAACUAUUCACCAUUACCAUGUUACUUCCUUGUCCCCAGGCCUCAUUUUUCCGCGCGGCCUAUGCGUUUCGGGUCACGUGGUCCGAGCGAUUUGUGUUUCUCCCGGCCGUACGUCUCGGAUACGUCACCGAAAAGCAUUGACCGAGAAGGCCUGGAAAGACGCCGUGGAGGGACUUGGCAAACCGUAAUACACCUUAUUUACCCCCGCCCCCCGCUGCGUUGUCGUUAAUUUUCCUUGGGACUACUGUAAUACCCAGGAGAAAUUGAAGGCAAUGGUUAUGAAAAAUGUUGGGGGGGGGGGGGGGGGGGUAAACAAGGUGCGCGUAUUAUGGGCAGGGGGAAAAUGGUGAAUUUAGUCCGUCUAAUAAAAAAAUAUGGCGUCUCAUCUGUUUUGUAGUAUAUCAAAUAUACGCUGAUACGCUGUGAAGCAGAGGCCACUAUUAGGUUCAAGUCAGUUUUGUGUUACAACCAGGAUCGUAAAAAAGAGAUGACAGAAAUCUUAAUUGAAAUUAGCAUUCUUCUAGUGAUAUUAGAAGAUAAUUCUCGUUCUGUUUUUUCCUUCCUUAGAACAUGCCCUAUUUGUCGAGUACCUUCUGCAUUUGUUACUCCG